CUUGGUCACGUGUGGUGUGUGCCGCUCUGUCAUCUUUGGGUUCUAUAUCCGGAGUUAAGGUUAAGGAACUCGAUUGCAAGAUGUCAGUUAAAAGAAACAAAGCUGCCGCGUCCAACGGCGAAUAUUUUCCAGGUAUCGCGAAGAUCGUGUACAACCCAGCAGCCCCGGCCGACGACUCGCUGGUCUUCCGCCACUACAACGCCAGUGAGGUGGUGAGGGGCAAGACCAUGGAGGAGUGGCUGCGCUUCUCGGUUUGCUUCUGGCACUCAUUCCGGGGCGUCGGUUUGGACCCGUUCGGCAGCGGCACCAUCACGCGUCCGUGGGACGACGGAACCGAGACGCUGGAGGCCGCGAAGCAGCGCCUUCGAGCCGCCUUUGAAUUCUUCACUAAACUUGGAGUGAAGUACUGGACAUUCCAUGACCGGGAUAUCGCCCCAGAAGGAAAUAACCUCUCCAGCACCAACGCCAACCUGGACAUCAUCGCCGACCUCGCGGAGGAGCUCAUGCAGAAAACCGGCGUGAAGCUCUUGUGGGCAACCAGCAACCUCUUCUCUCACCCACGAUUCAUGCUCGGUGCUGCGACGAGCAGCGACGCUCGCGUGACAGCCUACGCAGCAGCGCAGGUCAAGAAGUGCUUGGACAUCGCCAAGCGGUUGGGCGCUGAGAACUUCGUUUUCUGGGGCGGCAGGGAAGGUUACAACUCUCUCCUCAACACCGACGUUAAAAGAGAACUCGACCACAUGGCUGCAUUCUUCAAAAUGGUUGUCGCAUACAAAGAGAAGAUAGGCUUCACUGGCCAGCUCCUCAUUGAGCCAAAACCUAAGGAGCCGACGCGUCACCAGUACGACUACGACGCCCAGACCGUGAUGGCCUUCCUACAUCAGUACGACCUCAGCGAUCAUUUCAAACUCAACAUCGAGCCUAACCACACCACCCUGGCUGGUCACUGUUAUGAACAUGACGUGGUCAUGUCCUUCAUUUACGGGAAGCUGGGCAGCAUUGACGCGAACACGGGCUCCCCCGACCUGGGCUGGGACACCGACCAGUUCCCCAUGGACGUGAAGAGCGCCACGGUCAUCAUGAAGACCGUCAUCGAGCAGGGAGGCCUCGCCCCCGGCGGGCUUAAUUUCGACGCCAAAGUUCGUCGCGACUCAACGGACCUGCGAGACUUGUUCAUCGGCCACAUCGCUGCCAUGGACACCUUCGCCCGCGGUCUCCUCAAUGCCUCCAGGGUCAUCGAAGACGGACACCUGGCGAAGGCAGUCGCGAGCCGCUACAGCACGUGGACUGGUGGACUUGGAGCCAAAAUCGCUGCUGGCAAAGCCACGCUCGAGGACUGCGAGAAGUUCACGCUGGAGGAAGGCCACCCAACGCCUGUGAGCGCGCAUCAAGAGCACUUCGAAACAAUACUUAAUAACUACGUCUAGAAUAAGGGCAAGCUGAGAAAAGUUGUUAUGAGAGUUCAAAGAGGUUAUACGGUGUUAAGUUGUUGAAAUUGUUCAGUGUACCCAAAUUUGUGAUCUUUUUUAAUGAUGAUUGAAGAUGGAUUUCAUUUUAUUUUCAGAAGUGCCCUAA